CCGUCCAACUGCAGGCCGAAAGGAUCCGAAAGAAUAUAGUUUAUUUUAGUAGCCGCGUAGGUUAAACAAAAUAUCCAAAAUGAGUGAGGAUGUGCCCGAGUACUCGCCUUUCUUCGCUGUGAUGGGAGCCUCCGCGGCCAUGGUCUUCAGUGCUCUUGGAGCUGCAUAUGGAACAGCAAAGAGUGGCACAGGCAUUGCUGCCAUGUCAGUGAUGAGGCCAGAACUCAUCAUGAAGUCCAUCAUUCCUGUGGUCAUGGCUGGUAUUAUUGCCAUCUAUGGACUGGUGGUGGCAGUGCUGAUAGCAAACAACAUAUCUGAGAGGGUCACCCUCUAUAAGAGCUUCCUGCACCUGGGGGCUGGUCUGAGCGUUGGCCUGAGCGGUCUGGCCGCUGGUUUUGCCAUCGGCAUUGUGGGCGACGCUGGUGUGAGGGGCACUGCUCAGCAGCCACGACUCUUUGUGGGCAUGAUCCUCAUCUUAAUCUUUGCUGAAGUCUUGGGCCUUUAUGGUCUUAUUGUGGCUCUAAUCCUGUCAACAAAAUAAGUGUCUCCAUCAGCACCAUCUCAUUCAUUCCACAUCAAAGCAGCAAGAACAAAUAGGAGAUUUUCACCUGCAUCCAUUACACCUGGGUCUGACAGGAUAGGAUGGCAACACAAACAUUUAGGCAGCUCCGUCCUCAGUAGAUGUGAUGUACCUGCAUUGUUUUGGCCAUCCGGUUGUGUCAGGUCUUGUGCAUAUUGAAUGGGCAUGAAGAUGUAGUGGUUGUUGUGGGAUGAUAUGUGGACAGUCCGCCUGAUUUGUUGUCUGAUCUUAACCUGUACAGUGAUCCAAAGUCCCUCCACACCCUGUAAAUGUAGUGACCAGUCUGUGCUGUGAGUGUGAGUAUACGCGUUUACCUAUGCCCCUUUCCAGGUAUUUGUUUUUUGUUUGUGAUUUUGUCUUUUUUUUUUUUUUUUUUUUUUUUUUUUUGUCUUGGAGAUUGCUGAAAAGUUGUGCACAUUAGUAUUUUAUUUUAUUUUUCAUGUUUUUGGGGACCAUUUUUAAUCAUAAUGGUGAGGAGAUAUCAGGACUUUUUCACUAUUUAUGAAAACUUGACUUGAUGAAAGUGUCUAAAUGGAAAACUGUUUAUGAAAACCCUGUAUACAUAAAAUAUAUAAAUUAUCUGUGUAUAGUUAGAUUUAUUGCACUGUUACAUUGUUGGAAUUCCUCUGGAUGUAGUGUGAAUAAUAAUGGAGGAUGUCCACAGGUUGUGACGAUUAUGUGAGCGUGUGUGCAGGAGUGUGUGUGUUUGUGUGUGGGUGAAUAAUCUGAAUGCUCUAUGUAUGCAAGUGAAGUUAUGUUAAAUAUGACAUUCUUACACACUAGUAUCAUUUUUCUGUAGUGCUGCUGUCUUUUUUGUUUGUAUUUGGUUAAGGUGCGAGCUCACUGUUCAGCCAUGCCUGUCAGAUUUCCAAAUAAAAUGCAACCUCCUCCAGAAAUAA